GACUGCAGAGGAUGAGCUCAGCUGACUGUCUGGCUGUUAUUAUGUCCGCGAACGGGCGCCGCCAACACCCAAACACAGUGCGGCAAAACAGGCGACUGUCGCUCAGCAUCGUCUCUAAUGAAUGAGAGCUCAGGAAGAAACAUGAGUCACGAAUGAGGUCUGCAGGAUCAUGUCUUUUAAGAAGGAAACACCCCUGGCUAAUGCUGUGUUUUGGGCAGCGAGGAAGGGGAACUUGGCCCUACUUCAGCUGCUGCUCAACAGUGGGCGUGUGGACGCAGACUGCAGAGACAGUUAUGGAACCACUGCGCUGAUGGUGGCGUCGUACAGCGGCCAUUAUGAGUGCGUCAAAGAACUCAUCAUGCAGGGAGCUGAAAUCAACUACCAGAGAGAGACAGGUUCCACCGCCCUGUUCUUCGCCUCCCAGCAGGGUCACAAUGACAUUGUAAAGCUCCUCUUUGAAUUCGGUGCCUCCACUGAAUUCCAGACAAAGGACGGUGGCACGGCUGUCACUGUCGCCUCUCAGUACGGACACUCCAAGGUGGUGGAGACUCUGUUGAAGAAUGGAGCCAAUGUUCAUGACCAGCUGAAUGAUGGUGCCACCUCUCUGUUCCUCGCUGCCCAGGAGGGUCAUGUGACCGUGAUUCGUCAGCUGCUUUCAAAUGGUGCCAAGGUUAACCAAGCGAGAGAGGAUGGCACUGCCCCCCUGUGGAUGGCAGCUCAGAUGGGUCACAGUGAGGUGGUGAAGGUGCUUCUCUUACGUGGUGCCGAUCGGGAUGCUGACAGACAAGAUGGAUCAACAGCGUUAUUCAAAGCAGCUUUUAAGGGACACAACAGCGUCAUUGAGGAACUUCUCAAGUUUUCUCCCUCACUUGGCCUUCUCAAGAAUGGCUCUUCUGCCCUUCAUGCUGCUGUUAUGGGUGGAAAUAUUCGGACUGUUCUGCUGAUGCUUGAGGCCAACGCAGACCCGACGCUACCCAACAAGAAUAAUGAACUGCCUGCAGAUCUUACAAAAAGCGAUCGCAUCCUAAAGUUAUUACAUCCAAAAAUCUUAAAUGGAGACAGCUGAUGACCACCCGUCAGACUCCUGCCUUCAUGCCUGCCUGUACCACACUGAUGAUGUGUACCGAGGGGAAAAGAAAACAACAACACAUUGUCAAAUCUACUCAACUACAAUAUGUACUGUACAUGGUGCUUGCUUCUGAUUGCGGCUGAAAUUAAGCUGUCAUAUGUUGAAUAAACCUGGACUAAAUCUAGAGCAACACAGUGUGCAACCAAAAUGCAUUUGUCUGCCAUGUGCAUCAUCACCUUUACUCUGUUGUUUUACAGUACAUGCAUUUAUUUUUGUUUACCCCAGGUGUUGUAAGAUUUUUUGCACACUUUUUGUUUG